CGACGACGUCGACCUCGUCCUUUGUACUCACGCCUGCAUCGACCCCGUACGCAUGCUCAGGCUGACGUCUGUGUCUGUGACUACGCAUAUACUCUCCUCCUUGCCACGACCACAAGUCCUGUUUCACUGCAGGCAUCUUCCUCUCCGUCACCUCGUAUCAGGAGCUUCAGCCUUGCAGCAAAGAGCCCCGCACAACAUGGCCUCUUCCACUGCUUCCGGGUCGCGUACCUACGCCGAAGCUAUCGAGGCCCUCAAUACUCUGCAGUCCAAUGCUGCGACGAUUGCAGCUAUCCGUGCGUCGGGAGGCAAGGCCAACGAUCUCGCAAUUUCCGAGAUGGUCGAGUACCUAUCUCGCAUCGGUUAUUCGCUAGAGGACCUCGACCGACUGAACAUCAUACAUAUCACCGGUACAAAAGGCAAAGGUAGCACAGCAGCCUUCUCUUCCCAGUUGGUCUGCGAUGCGCUCUCGGAGGAAAGCGGAGCAGACGCAUCAGGGCCAAAAGUGGGGCUAUACACGUCGCCUCAUAUGCUCUUGGUGAGGGAGAGGAUGCGGCUUGAUGGACUACCACUCAGCGAGGAGAGAUUCGCCAAGGACUUUUGGUACGUCUGGGACAAGCUCGGAGAGACGGCUGACAAGCGAGCUCGCCCAGAUGUGACUCCAGUUCGGCCCGUCUACUUCCGCUUCAUGACUCUUCUCUCAUUCCAUACCUUCCUGACCACGCCCUCACUCCGGGCCGUGAUCCUCGAAGUAGGUAUUGGGGGCAAGUACGACUCGACGAACAUCGUCAAGACACCAGUGGUAUGUGGUGUUGCAACGCUGGGUUUGGACCAUACUGCGCUGCUGGGCAACACCAUUGAGGAGAUUGCAGAGCAGAAAGCCGGCAUAUACAAGAAGCGGCGUCCAGCGUUGGCUGUAAGACAGAGCAAAGAAAGCGCAGAGGCUGUACUACGGAGAUGCGCUGAAGAAGUCGGGGCUCCCUUUACGCUUCUUCCAGCUCCAUCCGCAGCCCUACAGAAGAUCUCUCUCGGUCUGCCUGGCCCACAUCAAGUGACAAACGCCCACCUGGCUCUCUCCCUCGUGGAGAGCUUCCUGGCAGAGACCGCCACCUUCUCCACACCCACGUCGGUAUGGUCCGACAAGGAUACCCUGCAGCCUGCAGAAUGGGCUCAGAAAAGUCUACGCAACGCACGGUGGCCGGGACGAUGUCAGAUCGUCCGUCCCGCACCUGUCGAGACGUCCUCAUCCGCCAAUGAAAAGCUUCAGCCGACGUACUUCCUCGAUGGAGCACACACGACGGACUCCCUCGCUCUGUGCACCAGAUGGUUCAUCGGAGCCAGCGCAUCUGUCGCUGCAGAGCAGCAGUCCAGUGGCGGCGACAGCCCCACUGCGCAGGUGGAGAGACACCUGAUCUUCAAUUGCACCAAUGGCCGCAGCGCUGCUGAGCUUCUCUCUUCUCUCCUCUCCACCAUCUCUGCCGAGACUGGUAGCAGCAGUCCCACAUCCUACUUCACCCAAGUGCACUUCUGUACAAAUGUCACCUACUCCUCGCGUGGCUUCUCCUCUGAUCUAACCUCCAAGGCGAUGGACCCAGACGACCUCUCUGCGCUUAGCAUUCAGCGAGAGCUCAAGGCUGCUUGGCUAGAGCUUGCUGGACCUGAAAGGAAGGAGGAGGAGGAGAAGAGGGUGCAGAUCUGGCCCACGAUCGAAGAUGCAGUCAAGGCUGUGGCUGCUUCUCAACCACGGGAAAACCAAAGCCACGUCCUCGUGGCGGGCAGUCUGCAUCUUGUUGGAGGCGUGAUGAGCCAUUUGAAAGAUGCGGGCGCGCUGGAUGACAAGCUCGAGGCGGUGUGGGGAAAUGUCAAGGUGUAAAGAUUCGGGACGUAUUGAGGAGGAUUAGACGCUUUUGCCAAAGUAGACUGUGUAGACUGAGUGAUCCCAAGGUUACAAGGAAUGGUGCCAUUGUUACGUCGAGGUCCAGGGUAAUAUUAAUAUACAGAACAAAUAUCUCGUGAAACAG